GUUCAACAGUAACGGGUUUCAUACUCCUGGCGUAGUGGCUGCCCUUCCGCCUGAAGUCUGGAGUCUCUUCUUCCCUCAUUCUCUGCACUCUGCAAAUAUGAAAAACGAGAGAGAAAAGAAUCAUCACUGAGGAAGCGGAGCGAGGUUAUAUAAUUAGAGGCAGAGAGAAAGAGAGGGAGAGAGUAGUAAUGGCAGCGGCGUCGUUUAGGUGGAUACUACAGCUACACAAGGACGUACCAAGAGCGGCUCGGUUCUACUCAGAAGGGCUCGACUUCACAGUCAAUGUGUGCACUCUUCGCUGGGCCGAACUCCACUCUGGCCCUCUCAAGCUCGCACUCAUGCACACUCCCAGUGACCAUGUUAUGCAGCAGGGGUAUUCUUCACUACUAUCGUUCACAGUGUCUGAUAUCAACACUACAGUGACAAAACUAAUGGCCUUAGGUGCUGAACUAGACGGCCCCAUCAAGCACGAGGUCCAUGGGAAGGUUGCAGCCAUGCGAUGUAUUGAUGGUCAUAUGCUGGGACUCUAUGAACCUGUCUGAGGGGUUGAAGACCAACCAGUCAUAUCAAUAAAAACCGAGCCACGCUGCUAUUCACUUUCGUUAUGAAACAUUGAAUUCUUUUGAUACGGAGAAGACAUGAGAAACCUCUCCUUUCUUUGGAUUGCCUUCAAUGAUCGAUAGUGUCUGCUCAUCCAGGUCUAUGAUAGCCGUGCAUAGGGUGUGGAGCAUUGGACCUGCGUAUGUCGCUAAAUUGUUAAGCAAGAAGUAACGCAUGGAGAAUGGUUUCAAAUUAUGUUAUUAACUACCUGUCAUGUAAAUUGGAUAUCUUGUAUCUUCUGUGUCUCCAAGUAUUGACAAGAUUUCAUCUUUCGAUC